AUGAAAAGAGCUUUAGCAUUCCAUAUCAAGGCUAUAUUCAUCCAUGCUGCUUUACAUUUACUUGAACUUGAUAAAGUAGGUUAUAAUCAGGAAUUCCUGGAUUUGGCGGAGAUUGUUGGAUUUCCGGGGAUAAAGGUUUGUAGAUUGCCUGGAUUAUCUUCUUACGAUGAUAUAGCUGAAGAGGAAGAGGAAGUUAUCAGUACUGGCGCUGGUGGACCAUCUACUCGUGAGGGUGAAGAAGAGACGUUGAUUCAGUUGUAG